AUGAGUGAAAGUGGUAAGGAGCGAGAGACUAGAGCUCAGUUUGUCAAAGAACAUGAAGCGCGUUUGGGGGGAAAAACAAAUAAGGUUUUGCGCAGUGCAAUGAAGCACCAGAGUGGUAGGGGCAGCGGUGAGGGUAGGUCGCAAGAAGAGGAGGGUGGAGUAGAAUCGUCACCACUGCUAACGUCGACGCCACCAACAGUGUCGAAGGCGCUCGUGAGGUUAUACCCGUAUCUGAUAAUAGCAGACAAGGUUUUGAGCAUUACGACAUGGACAAACGACGACAUCUGGCCCAGUGUUUUGGUCGUGACCGGCUAUAUUACAGUGGUGCUUUACUUCCAGAAUAUGCUGCGGUUUUUUGGCCACCUGGUGCUUGUUGGAACGCUGUGGUGCUACUCGCUGCUGGACUCGUUCGUGGAGAACUCGAUCAAGGAAAAACCGACGCUGGACGACAUUGUCCAAGUAAUUACGCGCGUAAACGCCAAGGCCGAUCUUCUGCUGUCACCAAUUGCGGUGUUGACGGGCAAUGACAUCAAAAGACUACUGUUCACGACGAUUUUCUUGUCGCCCUUAUAUGUGAUCAUCACGCUGUUCAUCUUCCCACCACGCCGGCUGCUGCUGUUUGCGGGCGUGUAUCUGCUGACAUACCAUUCUUCAUGGUCAAUAGUGAGUCGAAAGCUGCUGUGGAGGUUCAAGCUAGUGAGACUGCUUGUGUUUUACGUUACCGGGCUGGACUUGAGCGGGGCCAACAAGAGCCAGGGCAUUUUUGCCGUUGUUCAAAAUAAGGUCAAGAAGCUGUCGUCGCACAAAGGCAAUACGGAGGAUGGGAAACCCAUCAGAUUCACGUAUGUGCUUUACGAAAAUCAGAGACGCUGGCUUGGCAUUGGCUGGACCUCCAACAUGCUAAGCUACGAAAGAGCGCCAUGGACGGACGAGUUCAUCAACGAGGCGCCCUCCCCUGAGCAGUUCAAGUUGCCAGAGGAAAACAUGGAGAUGUCCUGGAGAUGGGUCGACAGAACAUGGAGACUUGAUAUGACCAAUGACGGGGCCAUCCAGCUCCCCAGUUCUCGCCCCAGAACCACGGCACAGCCUAACUCAGACGACGGUUUUAUUUACUACGACAAUACUUGGAAGAAACCUUCUACGGAAGAUUCGUUUUCUAAGUACACAAGACGCAGACGCUGGAUUCGGACCGCAGAGCUGCUGCGGGGCGACACUUAUGACAUCAGUGGCUUGGCAAGCACCACGAGCUCUGCCGAUGUGGCAUCUCAACCGGUAGACGCCGCGGGAGUGGUCAGCGCCAAGCCCGAAGGUGCAGACGCGCCGUCCACGAUUUUGGAAAACGUAAAGGACCUUGAAUCCUACAGGCGCAAGGUCUCGUUCAACGACCAAGAAGACGUGCACAUCAUACCUCCACCAAAGGAAGCUGGCUUCAGAAGAUCUUCACAGGCUGUUAUCGACGAUGAUGAAGUGGAUCAUGGCUCCUCGGACCAGCACCAAGAGCAGCCCGUCGCGAUGGCCGUGGCAGAUCGCCGGAAACAGCCUUGCGAGGAUGCCAAUGCUGCAGUUGCCGCUGCCGCUGCCACUGCCACUGCCUCUGCCGCGGUGCCCGAGACCAAAAAGAAUGCAUAG